AUGGCCGCCGCCGUUGCCAGCCGUGCUAUCCUCGCUGCCCCUGCUGCCUUGACCAAGGCGCAGACCAAGAGGGCCUUCUUCGGCAACGUUGCUGGUUUGGCACCCGUUGCCCGCCGCGCCGCCCCCGUGGUGAGGUCCCUGGCCGUCAAGGCUGAGACCAACUACCAGGUCAUUGAGCCCCUCAAUGGCGACCCCUUCGUCGGUGGCCUCGAGACCCCCGUGACCUCGGCUCCCCUGGUCGCCUGGUUCCUGUCCAACCUCCCCGGCUACCGCACUGGUGUGAACCCCCUCCUCCGCGGUGUUGAGGUCGGCCUUGCCCACGGCUACCUCCUCGUCGGCCCCUUCGUCUGCACUGGUCCUCUUCGCGGCACCGAGGUUGGCCAAGUCGCCGGCACCCUCGGGGCUGCUGCUCUUGUCGCCAUCCUGUCCAUGUGCCUGACAGUGUACGGCAUUGCCUCGUUCAAGGAGGGUGCUCCCUCCACCGGCUCCACUCUGACCCUCAGCGGCCGCACGAAGGAGGCUGACAAGCUCCAGACUGCUGACGGCUGGGCUUCGUUCGCUGGCGGCUUCUUCUUCGGUGGCCUGUCUGGUGUUGCCUGGGCAUACAUCCUGCUCUACGUUCUGGACCUGCCCUACCCCGUCAAGUAA